GUUGUAUUGUCUCUCCUCCUGAUACCCUACAGCAUACUUACACUUGACCAUUCCCCUAGCAGCGGCAGCCCACCAUGACGAGCCUUCACCUUUCUGAGGACUCCCUCCCCUCCCUCCACGGCAAAACCGCAGUCAUCACCGGGGGCGCUUCCGGCAUCGGCCUCGCGGCGGCCCAUAUCCUCGCUCGAAAGGGCUGUUCCGUCCACGUUCUCGACCUCAACCCCAUCCACCAAUCGGACUUGGACGCAGAGCCCUCCCUGGUCGAUCUCAUCGCGUCGGGAACUAUCCGUUACGUUCACUGCGAUGUAACCUCUUGGAUCGACCUGCGCGCCGCGUUUGACUCUAUCAGCCGCGUCGAUAUCGCCGUUGCCAAUGCCGGCGUCUCAGAGGAAUGUGAUUACUUCCAGGACGUCCUUAACGCCGACGGCGAGCUUACCGAGCCUCGGUACGGCGUGCUCGAUGUCAACCUCCGCGCCGUGCUCAAUUUCACCAAGCUCGCGCUCCGAGCUUUCAAAGCUCAGGGACCCGGUGGAAGCCUAGUUAUCACCACGAGCGCGACGGCGUACUCGCCCGAGCAGAGCCUGCCCGUUUACAGCAGUACGAAGCUCGCACUGGUCGGCCUCAUCCGCGCCCUUCGGCCUUCAAUCCAUCUCUACGGCGCGACCAUCAACGGUGUCGCCCCGGCGGCGACCAUCACCCGCCUCUUGCCCGGGAACCUUGCAGCGCCAAUCAUGGCCGCUGGUGCCCCCGUCAGCACCGCGCGCCACGUUGGUCUCGCCGUUGCGUACUCGGCCACGGCGUCCCAGGCUCGCCAGGUCGAAGGCUACGGCCGCGACAGCCCUGCGCAGAUCCAGAGCCCGGGCCGUUGGAACGGGCGUGUCAUCAUCACCCUCGGCGACGCGUGGACUGAGAUUGAGGAGCCGAUGGCGCGUCUGCGCUGGGCAUGGUUUGGCGAAGAGAACACGCGGCUCACGGCGUUCCAGCAGGUGUUGACGGACAUGCGACCUGAUUCCCAGAGUAUGCCUGACAAGAUGGAGAAUGGGAAAGGAGCGACCGCCAACGAGUCGGGUUGA